UUCUAGGGAUUUUGACAGUGCAUGUCACGAAGAGAGUGGCAAACUCCGAUCACGUUUCUAUGCAGUUUUUGUGUUAUAUUGUGAGAGAAAUUAAUUUUUAGAUGCAAAAUUAAGCUAAUUAACACUGGAAAAUGUCGGUUAAAGUAAAUGCAAAUAGCUCGCCAUCAGUUGAAUUAAGUUCCUAUCGUGAUCAACAUUUUAAGGGUUCAAGGGCUGAGCAAGACAGACUUUUAAGAAAUUCUUCUACCUUGUACGUGGGCAAUUUAUCUUUUUAUACCACUGAAGAACAAAUAUACGAAUUAUUUACCAAAUGUGGUGACAUCAGGCGUAUCAUUAUGGGUCUCGAUAAGUACAAAAAGACGCCAUGUGGCUUCUGCUUCGUCGAAUAUUAUCAAAGAUCCGACGCUGAGCAUUGUAUGAGAUACAUAAAUGGUACUCGUUUAGAUGACAGAAUAAUCAGGACUGAUUGGGAUGCUGGUUUUGUGGAAGGUAGACAGUAUGGCCGUGGCAAGACUGGAGGACAGGUAAGGGAUGAAUAUAGAUCGGACUUUGAUAGUGGACGGGGUGGUUAUGGCAAAAUAAUACAACAGAAAGUAACAUCUCUCUCUGAUGGUGGAUUUGGACGAUGAAAUACUUAAAUAUGAGACAUUGUAUGAAUAGCCAUACAUCUGCAAAGUGUUCAACCAGUAUUUCAUCAAUUAUUUAUAUGUGACUGAAAUAAUUAAUUUUAAGUGUAAAUAUAACAAAUAAGCUUAUCUUAAGUAUCAAGAGAAUAGUUCGUAUAUGUGCAUUAAAAAUUUGGAUGCUAUGGACAAACAUUUGUAUAAUUUGAAAAUCAAGAAUUACAAUUUAUGAGUUCAAUGAGUUUUUAAAUAUAUAUUAAUACAAAUUUAUUUUGUUACUCAUUGAAUGAGUUAAUGUAAAUCUUGCAAAGGGAAAUAAAACUCAUUUUGUACAGAA